AUGACGUAGUUACUGCUAAUUCACAUUCAGUGCUAAUGCUAGCGAGUUUGCUUGUUUGCCACAAGCAGUAGCUGGGAUUAUUAUUAGAAUAUAAGUAAUUAACGAUGGCUGAAGUUGAGGAGACGCUGAAGAGAAUCCAGAGUCAGAAAGGAGUGCAAGGAAUCAUCAUCGUCAACUCCGAGGGCAUUCCUAUUAAAACCACUCUGGACAACUUGAGUACAGUGCAGUAUGCAGGUCUCAUCCACCAGCUGGUGAUGAAAGCGCGGAGUACAGUGAGGGACAUUGACCCACAGAAUGACCUGACUUUCCUCAGGGUUCGCUCCAAGAAGAAUGAGAUUAUGAUUGCUCCAGAUAAGGACUAUUUCCUGAUAGUCAUUCAGAACCCCACGGAGUGAAAAUGCUAUAUUAUGUAUAGCUUUUUUUAUUUAAACAAUGCCUUUUUAUUUUUCUGCAGAAAAGUAAAUUUUGUUUAUGUAGCAGUUACAUGACUGUACAGAUAAUGCCAUACAAUCCAACACUAACAGGCAAUAUGGUCUCUGUUAAACAUUAGUGAUACGCAAGGUACACUGAUGUUCUGUUAUUUCUUGUCACUUCAAUAUUUUUUGUCAUAAUUUGUUUAAUCCAUUUAAUUUAUUGUUUUUAUUUGCUUUUUAUGCCAAUGCUUGAACAGUUUCUCGCCAUAAACAUGAGAGGAGCUAAAUGGAGAAGGUUUCUGUCUAAGCAACAAUAAAACCGUGUAAAUCA